AGGAUCCUUUCAGUUUCGUCGGAUCGAUAACAGGAUUGUUCGCUGAAAAUUUGAACUAUAGUUUCAUCUACGUAUAUCUCAGACAAACGCAGGCGAUUCCCCCAUGGCAAUCAACAUGUUUGUCAACUUGAAUGGAAACUACGUCGAAGUUGGUCCGUCUCUGUCUGAAAUCCGGGAGUGUUCGAUUCGUUGACAAAACGAAUCGAUAAAGCUAUUAAUCCAGAGCAUCGAGUAGACGAGGAAAGAGUGGGCAAAACUAACAUGAUUAAGGAGGAACGUGUACCGUCCUCGGGAAUGGAUGGCCUCAUUGCAUAGACGUGGUUGCCUGCCAGCUGGAUCAAUAACUUUGUCAGGCUUAGCUGGAUGUUCGGGAAUGUGGAGGUGGAAAAACAGGGACUAAUUAGUUCAGUAAUCGAGGUUGGAUAAGUGAUCAAGCAUCAUAAGGUUGAAGCAAUCAUAAUAGGUAGUGUUAACGCGGUCGCUACCAAUCGCUGACUGAUCCUCGCCGAUCGUAUUGUGACUUUUGUGCUAUAACCUUUGGCGCAUGCGCAAGUGAUAGUAUUCAGUGCUGUGUAAUUCAGAUAGCGCCCGAGUGUUAGAAGAGGAAAAACUCUUUUUCUUAUGAUUGCAAAACGUCAUUAUACUCUUUUCUCACAUAUAAAACAAAAGAGAAGAAAAUAAGUAGUGGAAGAUCUACUAUUAACACCUUCAUGGUACCCCGUUAACUAUACUUUAUAGAUAUGAUUCUACUGAUGAAUAGACCAAUUCUAUUGUUGUAUUAAUUUUAGACAGUCAAGAGAAUAUCGAAAUUAUGCAAAAAUUUAGUUGUGAAGAAUACGAAGAAUUGUGAAGAAAGUUUGAAGCACAUGGGGCCCCUUCCAUAGACAGCACUGCACUAUAUGAUUCUCGCAUAGCACGAUGCUUCUACAACACGGACCAGUUUAGCACGGUUGGAGGAUCGGUGAGACCCGCGUACAACACGAUGUCUUCCACGAUCAAGGAAUUACCCCUCCAAAUUAUACAAGAAAGUAAAAAAUUAAAUACUUAGUAAAGUAUUAACUUCGAGUGGUAAAUUAUAGAAAAAUCUAAUAUAUCACUCUUUCAAAUCCAACAGUGUAAUAUUACCUGAUCCAGAAAGGUGAUCAUGCACUUAUUACUCUGGAACCGUGUUAAUUUUUAUUUCAAGGACUAAAGCUGUAAACUGAAUCUUCAUUUCUGAAUCGAACACUAAAGGAACACAUAUUGCAAUUAUUUAAAUUGUAGAAAUGAUGCCGAACGAAGAUAAGAAAACCCCAGUUAGAAGGAACUUCAUUUCGCUAGAAACGAAGAUACACAUUUUGGACCGUCUUAAGAACGGCGAAAAAGCGACAUACAUCGCGAAAAGUUUACAGUUGAACGAGGCAACGAUAAGGACGAUAAAACAGAACGAGGAAAAGAUCAGAACCGCCGUCGCUGUUGGAUCUUCCGUUUCUGCGAGGAUGUCUGCUCGACCGCGAGCAGCCAUCAUCGAAAAAAUGGAAAAGGCUCUCAGCCUUUGGAUCGCCGAUUACAACGAACAACAGAUCCCGUUGGACAGUGCUAUAAUUAAAGAAAAAGCUUUGUUAAUUUACGACGAUUUGAAAGAAAAUGGGGAAACACCUGUUAAUCCAGAAUUCGUAGCCAGUAAAGGAUGGUUCGAGAGGUUUAAAAAACGCUUCUCCUUACAGAAUAUGAAAAUUCAAGCAAACAGAGCGAUUAGUGUACCCGAGAUCGUCGAAAAUAAUUCUAAUUUUACGUUAGAGGCUUUAGAAGAAGGCUUGAACUUAGCCGAACAAUUAGAGUCCUUCUUUUGGAAAACGGAUCCCUCGACCGAGAGGAGCGCAACGUUUCAGAGGGAACUUCGAAAGUGUUUGGCACCUUAUCGCAAGAUUUAUAAAGAUUUAUUAAACGAAGACAGGAGGAAGAUUGAUCGUUGCGAGAAGUUGGAAGAUGAUGGAGCUAGUUCGGAAGAUAAACUACCGAGUAAACGCGUUUGUUUAGUCGUGCUUAGCAGCGACGAAGAAACGAGUUGAACAUGUGUAAAUAAUGGAUUUUAAAUUGAAGUACUUUAUGACGUCGUUGAGUACUACAUUAAAUUGAAACAAGGAUCUUAAUAAUAAAUUGAAGACUUUUAGGGAUGCUGUGGAUUUGUAACUCAUUUGGAAUGCCUAUAUUUUUUUACUCUUGAUAUAUAAUAAAUAGGAAACUUAAUUGUAGUUUAAUUGUAAACUUAAACUUAAUAGACAAAUUUGAAAGAACUGUUCUGUCGAUAAGGAUGUUUUCCAUCUGGGACCAUUGAACUCAAAAUUCAAUGGUAACAUGAUGUAAGGGUUCUUGUCAGUGCUAAAUUGGUUCUUAUCCAUGCUAUGCAGCCAUCCAAUAAACUGCAUAAAUAGUUCUUGAAAUAUUCUUCUUGAAUACUUCAUUCAAGCAACAAAUUUCACAUAAAAGAAUAAAGAAAAAUCAAAGUGUUAACGAAAAUUUUAUUCGAUUAUCCAAAAUUACAUUAUUCGUAGUUUACAACAGUGUAAUUUUCAUUGGAAAGUUUGCUUAUAAACCUCUGAAAUGUUAUUCUGUUUCCUUCUUUUCCAUUUUGUUACAAUGUUCGACGUGUAUACAGAUAAUACUGUAAUUUUAACUUAUGAUUAAGUAAAUAAAUAGUUGACUGAAGUAUUACAUAGAUUUUGUUAUAAAUUUUUGAGAGAAUACUAUUGUUAAUAAUAUCAUAAAAUCGGUGCUAUCUUUUUUGUUCACCUCUGUCGCAUCUGUGACUCAAACAAUUUUCUCAAUAAGUAUUUGUAAAAUUCAGUAAAAAGUAUUCGAUACCAGUAAUCAUGUAUUCAAAUUUUCAGCUCUGCAAUUCCUAAAUUUAAAUGGUAUAUAAACCAUUUUGUCAUACCUGAUGUGAUAUACUAACACUAUUAAUAAAACUAGGUGAUCUAAAAUACCUAAAUACAGAUAGAGGAAUAUGACAAAAUUUAAGUAUAUCAAACAAAGAAUUACAAGCUGAUAUAAGAAAUCAAAGAUACUGGUAACGAACGUGUUAUGAAGCUAUAUUAUAAAAGAAAUAAAGAGAAAUUAAUAUACUCUAUUAUGCUAAAAUUCUUACUAUGAUAAUAUCAAACUAUGUUGAAGAAAACUCACGAGUUGAAUCAGUGAAUAUAUCUCAAUUCCUCUUACAUAGUACCAAGGACCAUCCUUAUAAAGGAUGACCUUCACAAAAAGAAGUGAUUCUCUUUAUAUGUUUGUCUAAAGUGUUUAAUCAUCCUGCACCAUUCAAGUUAAAUUGACCCAAAAUACUCUAUAUUUAUAUGAAAUUCACCGACUAUUAAUAUGAUAAAAAUUUGAACAGUGCAUGGGGAUUAAACUAUAAAAUUAUUUUGUCAUCAAUAACAAAAUCUUAUCUAAUUGUGUAUCACGUUGUUAAUAACAGCUAUGUUUCAAUAUUCUAUUUCAGUCACUGGCAGAAUAUAAUUUAUAAAUGUCGUUAUUCCUUUUGCUAUGUACAACAUAUAUAUGCGUCAUAGAAAAUUAAUGGUAAAAUAGUGUACGUAUAUUGCUAUCAAUCGUGAUGCUGAAUUAGUAUCGAGUUAUAAUA